AUGAAAAGGCGCGCGGUGAAGCUCCUUGAGGCGCACAAGUCGGGCUCGCCGGCUCUCUGCUCCGCCGCGUGGGGCCCCGGCGGGCAACAUGUCGUCACCGCGUCCGCCGCCGACACCGCCGUCCUGAUCCACGACGCCGCCGCGUUGCACGCCGGCAGCCGUGUCUCGGGUUUGGCGCCGUUGGCCACGAUGCGGCUCCAUAAGGACGGCGUCACUGCGCUCGCAGUCGCGCCGGGCCCUGGAGGCUCGCUGGCGUCUGGAUCCAUCGACCACUCCGUCAAGUUCUACACCUUCCCAGAGGGGGAAUUCCAAAGCAAUGUCGCCCGAUUCACCCUUCCGAUCCGGUCACUUUCCUUCAACAAGAAGGGAACCCUGCUGGCGGCCGCAGGCGACGACGAUGGCAUCAAGCUGAUUGCGACAAUCGACAACACCAUCUCCAAGGUGCUCAAAGGCCAUAAGGGCUCCGUCACCGGGCUGGCUUUCGACCCUAGGAACGAUUACCUGGCUUCUGUUGACAGCUUCGGCACUGUCAUCUAUUGGGAUCUUUGCAUCGGCAGUGAGGCCCGUAUCUUAACCCGCGUCGCUCCCACAUUCCAUUGUGAUAAUUCGGUAAGGAAUGUCCUGUGUUGGAGCCCUGAUGGGGAGACCCUUGCUGUUCCCGGGUUGAAGAACAAUGUGGUGCUGUAUGAUAGGGACACAGGCGAGGAGGUGUCCACACUGAAAGGAGAUCAUGAGCAGCCUGUGUGCAGCCUGUGCUGGUCUCCAAAUGGGAGAUACCUGGCCAGUGCUGGCCUGGAUAGGCAGGUGCUCAUCUGGGAUGUGAAGUCAAGGCAGGACAUUGAGAGACAGAAGUUUGAUGAGAGGAUAUGCAGCUUGGCAUGGAAACCAGAUGGAAAUUCUUUACUUAUGAUUGAUGUCAUGGGCAGGUUUGGCAUUUGGGAAUCAAUCAUACCUUCGACUAUGAAGUCACCUACUGAGGGUAUACCAGACCUCAAGUCCACUAAGGUUCCUUUGUUUGAUGAUGGCGAUGACGGUGAUGAUUAUGAGAAGCCGUGUACCUCUGGUGGCUUGGAGGAUGAUAUUGAUGAAAGUCUUUGUGAUUCCACUCUUUUCAGCCACAAGAGACUGAAGAGGAAGUCCACAUUUAAUGGAGACAGUGAAGAUGAGGAUUUAAUUCAUCAACUAGAGUCAUCCAAAAGAAUGAAACAUAAGCAUAAAGGUAUAAAAGAAGAUUCUGGGAAGGCAAGAGGUGAUUCUGCAACUUCAGAGAGGCUGGUUACUGCAAGACUGCAAGCUUCUUUCCAGCCUGGAUCAACACCGCCUCAGCAUGGCAUGCGAAACUUCCUCACCUACAACAUGCUGGGUAGUAUCACUACUAUUGAAAAUGAGGGGCAUUCACAUGUAGAGGUUGACUUUCAUGACACAGGAAGAGGUCCUAGAGUUCCUUCCAUGACAGACUAUUUUGGUUUCACAAUGGCUGCACUGAACGAAUCAGGAAGUGUGUUUGCAAAUCCAUGCAAAGGUGACAAGAAUAUGAGCACUCUAAUGUACCGCCCUUUCGGUAGCUGGGCUGGUAACAGCGAGUGGUCAAUGAGAUUUGAGGGAGAAGAAGUGAAGGCUGUGGCUCUUGGUGCUGGGUGGGUUGCUGCAGUCACAAGCUUAAAUUUUUUGCGGAUUUUCACGGAAGGAGGCUUGCAGGUGCAUAUCCUCUCAGUUAGUGGCCCAGUUGUUACAGCAGCCGGUCAUGGGGAUCAGCUAGCUAUUGUAUCUCAUGCUUCCGAUUGUCUGCCCUCAGGAGAUCAGGUGCUGGAUGUUAAGGUAUUCAACAUAUCUGAAAGAGCACAAUCAUUUUCCGGCCGCCUUCUUUUGACUCCAUCAUCUCAACUAUCCUGGUUUGGAUUCAGUGAUAAUGGCCAACUUAGUUCAUAUGAUUCCAAGGGAAUACUAAGGGUCUUUUCCAGUCAGUUUGGGGGAAGUUGGCUUCCAGUAUUUAGUUCGGUCAAGGCAAGAAAAUCUGAAGAUGAAAGCCAUUGGGUGGUAGGUUUGGAUGCUAAUAAUAUAUUCUGCAUUCUAUGCAAACACCCUCAGUCUUAUCCACAGGUGAUGCCCAAGCCUGUGCUAACCAUACUUGAGCUGUCAUUUCCCAUUGCUUCAUCCGACCUUGGUGCUAAUAGUUUGGAAAAUGAGUUCAUGAUGAGGAAGCUACAUCUAUCACAGAUUCGAAACAAGAUGGAUGAAAUGGCUGCAUUGGGUCUGGACACAACUGCAUAUGACGAUGAAGAAUUCAACUUGGAGGCAGCACUUGACCGGUGCAUUUUGAGGCUCAUAUCUAGCUGCUGCAGUGGUGAUAAGCUCGUUCGAGCUACUGAGCUUGCAAAAUUAUUGACACUAGAGAAGUCAAUGAAGGGAGCACUAACACUUGUUACACGCUUGAAACUUCCCAUGCUGCAAGAGAAGUUCAGCGCCAUACUUGAGGAGAGGAUGUUAAACGAUAGAAAAAUAGCUGGGACAGUAGGUUUUUGCUCCAAUGCUACAAUCACAAGGAACCCACCAGUGUUGACCACUCACGCAACUCUAACUACUAAGUUUGUGCAAAAUGAAAACAGUUCGUUGGAAUCUUCAUUACCCAUACCAAAUCCUGGCAAUCAAGAAUGCAGUUUGAUUGAACCAAAGAAGCCAGAAGGAGAACAGGCGAGAGGAAUUAACGAAAGUUACCUUAAAGUUUCAUCUGCCUUUACUCCACUGGCCAAAGUACCCAAAAGUAAUGAAACAAAGAAAGACAGCAAUGGAGCAUCAAAUGCAUCUGUAGUCGAUCAGAAUAAAAAAGAAGUCAUGGAUGAGGCAAAAAAGAUGAGCACUGAAGACUGCAAUAGAACAGAGCCUCAGCGACCGGUUAACCCUUUUGCAAAAUCAUCAUCCAGCAAAGAGCAAUCACCAUCCCUUUUGGAUUCCAUAAAAAGGAUGAAGGUUGAAACUGAAAAGGUUGAGAAACCUAGUAGCAAGGUGAAAGUGUAAACUGUUUUUGUGUAUGUCAGUCAUCGACUUUUUGGAAUCCAUUUAUACUAACAUCUACAGUACCUUUCAGUUUUAUUCUAAUAGCUUAGUAACCACUGCCAUUUACGUUCUAAAUUUGUUUUUAAUGGCUUC